AUGCCCAUGACGACGCAGGCAGCGGUGGCGGCGGCCGGCAGCGGCGGGCCCGCCGCCAACGGCGCCGCCGCGGCCGCGCCUGGCGCCAGCGUGGCGGUGAAGAAGGAGGCGUCGCCUGUGCCAGACGGCAAGGGCGCCGCAGCAGGGGCAGCAGCACCGCCAGGGGCUGCCGGCGGCCGCGGCGGCACGCCCAGCGACGGCCGCCAGCGCUCCAAGUCUGGCAGCCCGGGAGCGGGCGGCGGCGGCGCCGCCGCGGUGCAGGGCACCCCCGAGGCGGGCGCAGCAGCGGGGGCCGCCGACGGCGCCCAGCCUAGCCCCAAGGAUGAGGAGCAGCGGCGGCUGGAGGAUGAGAUCCUGGCAGAGGGGCAGGCGAUUGCGGGAGUGCGGGCCCUGCUGGCCCGAGCCUUCAGCCGGCCGGCGGAGGAGCCCGUGGCGCCCCAGGGCCACUGGAGCUUCCUGCUGAGGGAGAUGCGGUGGCUGGCUAACGACGUGGCGCAGGAGCGGCUGUGGAAGCAGGCGGCGGCCAUGGCUGUGGGGUAUGAGGUGGCCAGGCUGCAGGGCAAGUUUGGGCUGCGGCCGCCGCCAGAGGGGCAGCGCGCCUUCCACGACGAGCUGGUGGCGGCACGCACGGCGGCGGCCAAGGAAGCCGCCGAGAAGAUUGGCGGGCGGCGGUCAGCCAUCAAAGCGGCGGCAGAGUCCAACGGCGCAGCUGCCCUGAAGCUGGACCCAGCUGACGAACCCGUGUUUGCUGACCUGGAGGGCUUCGAGCUGAGCCUGGUGGCCCUGAUGGAGCAGCAGCAGCCCGGCACGCCGCCCAUGACCGACCCCGCCGCCGCCCCGGGCCUCGUGUUCUGCCACGACGGCGCGUUCCAGGAGGCGCUGGAGGCGCACCUGGUGCAGAGCGACGUGGAGCGGCUGAUGCGGGAGGAGAUGGCCGCCCGCGAAUAUCGGUUUGAGUACGACGCCGCGCUGGCCAGCCACCACAUGGCGGUGCAGGACCAGAACCGGCGGGCGAUGCGGCUGGAUGCUGACAUGGCGGAUGCGGAGGGCCUUGUGCCGAUGGAUGAGGACUUGGGUGACGAGGAGGAGUAUGGGGGCAAGAAGGCCAAGAACCGCAAGCGCCAGCGCUCGGGCGGCUACCUGCUGGACGAGUUUGCCAGCCUUGGGGCGGGGGCGGCAGCGGAGGAGACGGAGUCCAUGGGCGGCGCUGUGCCCAAGCAGAAGGCGGCUUCCAGGCAGUACAUAGAGGACACGUACCUGCAGCGCAAGCGGCGGCGCGAGCGGUACAAGUGA